AUGUUGAUAGACUGUCCGGCGGCUUCGCCGAUCCUUUUUCUCUGCUGCUUCUUUCUUGCGGCUUCGCCCAUCCAAUUUCCCUGUUUCUUCCUCUCUUGCGGCAAAGCUGAUCCCAUGACCAUGGAAUUCGACAUGCGAGCCAAGAUGGCGGCUCUUACUGCUGAGUAUGUGACAGUGACAGCCUUGGCUGCGUAUGGUUUCCAGCGAUGGCUUCCGAAACACUUGAGGCCAAGAACGUCUUGGCAGACUUGGAGAGCAUGCGAUCAAAGAAGUCGCGCGCUUGCAGAAUGAACGACGGCAUUUCUGUAUUGUCUUCAUCUAGGCGCCGAUUGCAGUGGUGUUGCUCCAACAUCUGGCUCCGUCUGCCAAUUGUGAUGGCGGGCCGGUCACAAUGAAUUGCGAUCCAAUACCGUUCCGAAUGGUGAACUUCCAAAUUUGACCUGUGUUUCCUUCCGAACCGUAGAGGAAGCCAUCGUUCGAAGCCCAGACAGCAUUCCAUUUGGCGUUGGCUACCGUGGUGCCGAAAGCACCAACGUUACCAACAGUAGCCCAACUCAAAGUCGACAGGCUGAAGCUGUAAAGAGUCGUUGCGCCGGUGCUAUCUGAGAAAGGUGCAAACAGGUUCUGACCGGCACCUGGUACAUAUGCCCAAUCCUGAAUACCUCCAUUGUUGGUGUUGAAUGGAGACGCAGGUAGCGAGGCAGUACCUGUUUGAACCACGGUGCUGUAGUUCGCAGUUCCAGGAGCGAAAUUUACCUUGAUCCACUGCCAGCCAUUACUCUGCGACCCUGUCCAGAACGAGCCAUCGGGUGUGAAGUCGCCGACGUAGAACUUUCGCCCGCUGGGUAAAUUGAAAAGUCGUUGCAGCCUGCCGUCAAAGCUAACCCGAACCAUGACUUCCGGGUCAACGCCACGAAUGGUGGCAUAAAGGUAGCUAUCUAGAGGGUUUAAGGCCAGCGAAUUGAUACCAUCGUUAGUACCCGAGUCCGUCGAAGUAUAGACUGUAGAGUUCUGCCCAGUCGCCAAGUUCACGCGGUAUAGCGUAUUCCGCUGAGAUAGAUAUCCUUCGACCACGCAAGGUGCCGUGUACAUUGGAGUGGCGAUGACCACUGUUGCCGGAUCUGUGCCACUUGCAGAAAUUGU